CACUUGUCUUUGCUUGCAAUUUUGAUGAUCUAAUGUCAGAGUAGCAUUAUAACGGCGGCGUGGUGUUAUUUUAGAAAAGUUACAAAAUGAAAGCUUCGAAUUAAUUCGAAAUGCCGAUAUACUUUGAAAUUCGAUGAAGUGUCCAAUAUAAGUGCUCUUAAAAUGGCUUAAAAUGAACUUAUGUUGCUGCUUGUGCAAUAAAAAGCCGUAAUAAAUAAGAAGUAUAUACAUACAUAUUUGACGGUAUUAUUUUGGUGCAGUGUGAUUGUAGAUGGAUAAUUCAUUAAUUUGAACAUAUACAUUAAAGAUGGCUCAUAGCGUUGUUAAGGUAACAGAUGCCAUGUUAAAUGACAGUUUGUUAUUACUAGUUGGUGAAGAUGGAACUGUUACACCUGACCGUGAGACUGUCGAAAGUUAUCUAAAUUCAAAACCUGGUGCUACAAACAUUCAACUGAUGCAUAUCAAUAAAACAGACAAGAAGGGUAUCGAUAUAUCAGUUGAUCACUUCACUUUUAUACCAGAUGUAAUGAAUGAAGUGGAAGUAAGUGAUCCUUCUAUAGCAGGGGAACCACUCAAUAUGGAGGAAGUAGCUAGGAAUUUGCACAAUUUCCGAUUAGAUCAUGAUUAUAUCCCUUUUUCUUGUGAAGAAACAGUAUCACCAAAAUUGCAAGAUUUGGUGGAAACUUUAGAAGAAAAAAAUAUUCCCCAUAAAAUUGAAAAUGUAGCACCAGCUAUAAUUUUAGACAACACAUUAGUUGUCCCUGCAUCUACUGCUGUAAAGGUUGAUCAUUUACCAUCAGUAUCUAGUGUACCAGAUGAAAUAAAAACCACUCAGGCUGUAGAAGCAAUAACUGUAACACCUUCUAAGGGAAAAGCUAAAGUGGCCAAUUCUGAAAUAGAAGCCUCUUCCAAAGAAACUCCUAGGAAAGUGGUUGAAAGAGUUAAAAUUAAAGAAAAGCCAAAUAUUGUUCAACAAAUAGAAAAAGAAUUUGAAGAAGAUUAUGACAAUGAUGAAGAUUUAGAAAGUGAAGAUGAAGAUUUUGGUUUUGAAGAUGAUGAAAAUGAUUCAGAUUUUGAAAUUCAGCAGUCUAAACCUAAAACAGUAAAGAGAACUCAAUCCACACGUAAAACACAGCUGAGAGUAAAAACACCAAAAACCCAAGAAAAGAAUGAACCCAAGCAACAGAAAAUUGAACAGAAAUCUAAACAAACUAAAUUUACAACCUCAAAACUUCAGACUCAGGAAGUACAGGAGCAACCAAAGAUUUCAGAAAAACUUGCAGAAACUGCAGAUAAAGAUAAACCAUCAACUCCUGCAGCAGAUAAAAAAGUUCAAAAGAAAGAGAAGAAGGCACCUAAGCCAAUACCGAAUGAUUUCAUGUUAUUUUCAACACCAGACAUAAUAAAACGAGUUGGAGGUAAAGAUCCGCAAACACCAACGACACCCAGCAGUUCAACAAUUAAUUCUCCUGCCAAAAUAUCAGUAGAAAAUCGAUCUAAAUCUUUGUCAGCAGAACAACAGUUGACUUCUAGUCUUAAUAAGACUAACAGAAUAAGUUUGGACAGUAAAGUUCCAGAGAAACAAAAUAUGAAACAAGAAACAAAAAAUAGAGAUCGACGACCCAGCUCUGAUAAGAAUAGAAAAAUCAUCAUUGAUGAAAAAGCAAAAAUUAACGAUUCUACUAAAAAAGAACCUGCUGUUAAAAGUAAGUCUAUUUCCCAAAACAUUUCAUUAGCGGGUGAUAUGGACCUUGAAAUGGCUACUCCUGAAGAUAUUCGAUCAAUUAUUAUGACAGAAGAUGUGAAAUCUUAUACAACUUCUACUCUACCAUUAGUUCAAACAAGUGAAAUAAGUUCCACUGAAUCUGUUGAUCAAAAUAUUGCUCUUGAUGAUUUAGAUCAAAGCAUUCUAGAUAACAUCAAUAAUGAUGAAAUAUCUGAAGAUAUUUUAUAUCAAGUAGCUCAAUCAUUGGUUGGUAACACAGAUUUACAAAAAGCUAUUGAUAAAAGUUUGAACGAGGGCAAUCUCAUCCUAGAUCCAGCUAUUCAGGAAAGUAUCACAUCAGAGACACCAACAUCCCAGAAUGUAUCUCAAAAAAAUAAUUCUCAGGAAUCAAAUUCUCAAAGUGAUAUAAUCAAGAAAGGAACACAAAUUGUACGUCCUGAUGGUAGAAUUGUGAUUAUACCUCCUAUUGAAAGACCUACUACCAGGAGUCGAAACAAGAAAAAAAAUGAGGAGCCAGAGUUGCCUAAACCUAUAAAGCCUUUGGACAACGAACAUGUAUCUGGAAAUGAGUUGGAUAGUUCAGAAGCUGAAGAUAACCAAGAGGAAGAAGAGUCAGAAGAUGAUCCAAACAAACUUUGGUGCAUAUGUAACCAACCUCAUAAUAAUCGAUUCAUGAUCUGCUGUGACACAUGUGAAGAAUGGUAUCAUGGCAAAUGUGUUAAUAUCACUAAAGCCAUGGGACAACAAAUGGAGGAAAAAGGCCAAGAAUGGAUAUGCAUGUUCUGCAAGAAUCCUGCUAUGAACAGACCACAAGCUGCUGCUCGAAGGCUAAGGAAAUCAAGAGCUUCAAUCGACAGUGUCGAAAGUGUCAAGAAGAUAGAAAAGAAAGAUCCUAUUAUCAGCAUAGUCAGUUGUAUAGUAUGCCAAAAACCAGCCAGAGAAAAUUCGAUUUAUUGCAGUCAAUCUUGUAUAUUAGCUCACGCUUCAGGAGUAGAAAAGGUAGUAGUGUUUGAAAAAUCCAGUGGUAGAAUGCUAUCUGGUAAUAAAGCGCCGACUGUUGCUAAUUUAGAACGGUGGUUGAAAGCACAUCCGACAUUCGAGGUCUAUCGUCCCAGAGGUCAGAUUGUUACUUCAAAACCUCGUCAGAAACAAGUUCUCACUCAAUCAAAGUUGAAACUGGUAAAGAAUUCUGAUGAUAAAGGUGUGUCUUUAGAAGUGAGGAAAAGAGGGGUCAAAGUUGGCGCCAUAAAACAUCUUCCCAAAAGUGAAGAUUCACCUACUGAAAAUAAAUCGCCUGCUGUAAAACCAACAGCAAUUAGAUCUGAGCCAAUUCAGCCGCAAAAGUUUUAUGCCAAAACAACAACUACUCCUGGUACUAAAAAACAGGAAAUUACUCCUGCCAAACCUCAAAAACCGUCUACCCCGACAUCCAAUAAAAUCCCUAAAUUAGUUCAAACCACACUCAAAACUACACCAACUGUCACUCCAAAAGAAAAAACUCCACAAACAAAAACUCCAAGGGCUCGUCAGUCAGAACAACAAACAACUCCACAGACUACUCCAAAACAAGAAAAUAUUAGAGAAAAUGUUCAGAAAACAUUAUUUGAACAGUUGACAAAUAGAAUUAAGUUAGACGGAACUGUUAAAUUGACAGAAGAAGAGGUGAAAGAGAUCUCAAAUGAGAUCGAAUUACAACUUCACAAAUGUUUUGGAGACACAGGUCAGAAAUACAGAAAUAAAUAUCGAAGUUUAAUAUUUAACAUAAAAGAUGUCAAGAACCAUACUCUGUGGAAAAGAAUUUGCGAAAAAUCAGUAAAUGCAUAUCAGUUGGUAAGAUUAUCGCCUGAUGAUUUGGCCAGUCAGGAAUUAGCUUUAUGGAGAGAAAGAGAGGCCAAGCACUCUCUGGAUAUGAUCAAGAAAUCAGAGUUAGAGUUGUUGAAUUUUUCAAGACCAUAUGUUUUAAAAACACACAAAGGAGAGCAAGUUGUUGAUGACGAAAAUAGACCAGACAAAGUAGACAAUGCUGAAGUAAUUAGAACAUUAACAGAAGAUCAUCUUUCUGAUGGAAAGGAUGUGAAACUGGAUAGCAGUAAAGAAUCUCAAAAAAAGGGUUCCUCUAAACAUAGUCACAAAGAAAGUAAAUCAAGUAAGGACAGAAGUAGUACUAAAGAGCACAAGAAACACCGAAGAUCCUCUAGUAGAGACAGAAAUAAAGAUAAAGAUAGGAGCAGAUCGAGAAGAUCAAGUAGUAAAGAUAGAAGUUCUAAAAAGGAAAGGAAAAGGUCUAGAAGUAGAGACAGAUAUAGGAAAUCCUCACAUAAAAGUUCAAGACACAAAAAAGAAACUUCUCACAUAUCCUCUACUGAUAAACUGGACAAGAAAUCAAAGGAAAUUUUAGAGCAAUUGGUUGAUAAUAAGAUUGUACCUCCUUUAGAGGAUAGGUUAUGGAAACAUGUUCCUCAAGAGGAUGUUAUACCUGGACCUGCUGAAAGUGAUAGUGAUCAUGAACCAUCAUCAACAGUUACUAUUCCAACUCCUCCACAUAAUAUUGAAGGUGAUGAUCAAGGAUCACAGUCAUCAGAGUCUAAAACUAAACAUUUCACAGUUGAACCUACAGAAAAUAAGGAGUCAGAAAUUGAAAGAAGUAUGUCUCCACCCCUAUCCAAAAAACACCCAGAAGAAAUUUGGAGAGGUACGAUUAGUAUGAUUGAUGUUGCUCAUCUAACAAUAUCAGCACAAGAAGUUUCAGGUGAUUGCUCUGAUCUUAGUGAACAGUUGCCAAGCAAGCUGGAAAUUGUAGGAAGAAUCUCACCAGAUACUGUUUGGGAAUAUAUUGGAAAAAUGAAAUGCUCCAACAGUAAAAUAAUAUCUUUGGUGCGACUGACAGCAGUUGAUGUUGUUGAAAAGAUGCCCUAUCUUGCAUUGUACAGUUAUCUUUCAAGCAGAAAGAGAUUGGGAGUAGUUAAGAGUACCAAUAAAGCCAUCAAAGAUUUCUACAUAUUGCCUCUAGCACCACAAACUCCAAUACCUCAGGCUCUACUUCCUAUCAAUGGUCCAGGUUUUGAAGAGUCUCGUCCAGCUUUACUGCUUGGAAUUAUUGUUAGAGAUAGAAGAAAGCGAAUAUUUGGUUCGGAUGGUAUUCACUCCCAUUCCACUGUAGUGACUAAGAAACCAAGAAUGGGAACUCCACCUUUACCUACUAAUGCACCUCUUAUUCCUAUAGAAAUUCCUCCAAUAGUAGAAACUCCUCCAAGGUCCUAUACACCUCCUUCUAUGGUUACGACGCCACCAUUGCCUGUAGGAAAAGAUCCUCGAAUAAAACUGAAUAUACCAACACCACCUGUCUUGAAAGAUAUUGAUGAUGGAGAUGAACCAUACAGUCCAGAAGACUCAGAUCCAGACAACCCAGUUAUACCAUCGCACACAUUCCCCGUGGUACCAGAACCAAAACCAUCAAUAUCUAUACCUAUGGUAUCCUCCUUUGAUUACACACCAGUAAUACCAGGUCUAGAUGUUGGUGGUCCCCUUCCAGCAAGCCCUCUUGAAAUACAGAAACAGAUGGAGGAAUUAAAUAAGAAAAUUGAGGCUCAGAAAUCUGAGAUAAAUAGUAUUUCAAAAAAUAUUGUAUCUGCAUCUUCUGAAAUUGGCCAUUCAGCAUUGGCAAAUAUAGCUUUGCCAAGUAAUCUCCAACAAAUUCUUGAUAGUAUCAAAACUAUAUCUACUGAGGGCAAUACAGAGGAGAGUCGAGUUCCAGUGAAACCAGCUGAUCCCAACUUAAUAAUUCCUCUUAUGUUGCCGAAGACUUUCACUCGACCACCACCACCCAUAGUACACCAACAUCCACCUCCAGUAUCGACUAUCAUGCCUGAUUUUUCAUCUAAUACCAUACCUCUUAAGCUACCUACAAAGUCGAAACUAAAAACAUCUUCAGGCGAUGAUUCACCAGGUCUUCUUAGCUCUUUAACAGAAGAAGAACUAAUGAAGAAGGCUGCUGAAAUGUUAGGAGAGACAGAACUGGCCCCAACUAAGCACAAACAAUCCAGUCCUCUUGAUUAUCAAUCAAAAAGAGUAAGAAUGGAAGAUGAUUCAAGUUUUGACAUAGAACCUCCAAUACCUGGUGUAGAUAAUUAAGUGAAUCUAGCAUACAAACAUAUAGUUAUUGAUCUACGAACGUGUCACAUGAAAUGGUUGAGCUAUCAGGAUGCCAUCUGAUGUCCUAUAUAAGAAUGAUGAUGAUGUCCCUUAAUUCGGUAGAGUCUACUUCUUCAAAAUUAGAGUACCUUUAUAAGAGUGAUGACUUUGAUGGAUGGUGUAGACAGAAUAUUGGAAAUUCUUUGCUAAAAUCUAUCGAUCAUAAUUCAUAUUGGUCAUCUUUACUCUAUGGAUUGUAAAAAAAUUAACAUUACUCUUCAUUACAAUCAACUUGUACUGAAGUAUUUACAGGGGGCUCAAUAUUUUUAUGAGGUGUUUAUUCCAUGUUAAAUUGAGACUGCGUUUAAUUUUAGAUUCUUCAGUUGGUUUUAUGGAUUCAAUUAUUUUCCUAUGACUUUAUCGAUAUUACAUAUUUGAAAAAACUGAUGCAGAAAAAUUCUAACCAAAUGUCUGAUUCUAGAUUGUUAUCUUCUCUUAACUUUUUCAAAUAUAUUUUCCAUUUAAAGGACAACUUUUUGAGGCGAUACAAAUAAUUCAUAAGGGAUCAUUGAAAUUGAUCUGAAACUCUUUUCCUACAAGUUCAAAAAAAUUACUGUGUGAACUGUAAAUUUUUGGGAUAAUAUUGAAUGAUAUAUCAAUACUUUUUUAAACAGACUUUUCGUUAAUCUACAAUUUUUUUUGCUCCUACAACGAUAAGAGAAUCGAAAUUAUUUCAUAUAACAUAUAUCAAAACUGUCAGCAUACUCAAUUUAACAUGUUCUUUAUUCUAUGUAAAUAUUUUUAUGAUAAUAAUAAUAAUAAUUUGAAUAAAUUUAUUAUGUGGAUAUAUCAAUGGGAAGAAUCUAAACCAUGUUGAUGUUUUCACUUUCAAUAGCAAUUAAAUAAAAAUUGUUUUUAAAAUUAUUCACAUUUUUUUAGAGUAAUUAUAGAAUUAACUCUGAGUUAAAAUGAAAAAUUAAUGUAUAGUUAAUAUUGUACAAAUGUAUUUAAGUUUAUUCUUAUUGCUAAACAAGGUUAUAAGUUGUUGAUUGUAUAUAAAUAUAGAUCAGUAAAAUUUAUUUUGUGAUUUUAGACCAUUAUUAUUAUGAAAUAAGGUUAUUUCAAUGAGGAUAUGUUAUAUUGCAUUUUUAUGUAGUUUCUGUUUCCAAAUAUUCCCUAGAAUUAAACUCUACUUACAGGAA